AUGGCUUACGGAGACCAUGAGCGCGUCGUCUCGACGUCGACGUACUCGUCGACGGCCUACGACCCCGCGUCGUACACCGCCAUCAAGGAGCCCAAGGAUAUCGACCAGCAAGGGGCUUCGGACCCCAUGCUGGCGGAUGAGUCCGACAGCAUCCCCGAGUGGAAGGCCUCGAGGCACCAGAUGGUCAUCAUUGCGACGCUGUCCAUCAUGUCCUUUGUCAUCGCCCUGGACGCCAACGUGAUUGUCACGUCUUUGCCUUCCAUCAUUCAAGAUAUUGGCGGAACCUCUACACAGGCUUUCUGGGUCGGCACGGCGUAUUUGAUCUCAUGCGCCGUUGCCAUGCCGUUCCUGGCGUCGCUCAGUGACAUCUUUGGCCGGCCCAUCAUCCUGAUCGGCAGCUUGAUCUUCUUCACUGCCGGCACAAUCUUGUGCUGUCUCGCAGGCGGCAUUGCGCUGCUCCUUGGCGGCCGUGUCGUUCAGGGCAUCGGUGCCGGCGGCAUGUAUGUGCUCAGCCUGGUCGUUUUCACCGAUAUCGUGCCUCUCCGCCACCGACCCAAGCUCUAUGGCAUCAUCCAAAUGGCCUGGGCCAUCGGAUCCCUAGUUGGCCCCAUCAUCGGAGGGGCCAUCGCUGAGCACACCACCUGGAGAUGGAUCUUCUACCUCAAUUUCCCCAUCUGCGGCUACUCGCUCGUCUCCAUCCCCAUCCUCUUGACUCUGAAGCCUCCCACGGCCACGUUCACCGAGAAGCUCAAGCGCGUCGACUGGCUCGGGGGCUUCCUGUUCAUCGGUUCCAUGGUGACUUUCCUCGUCGGCAUCUCCUGGGGCGGCAACGACUUCCCCUGGCGCAGCUCGCAGACCCUGGUUCCCGUCUUCAUCGGCGCCGCCGGCCUUGCUGUCACUCUCCUCUACGAGCACCGCUUCGCGAGGUUCCCUUUCCUGAAGAAGAUCCUCUUCACUGACAUGAGCGCCAUCACCGUCUACGUGCUCGGCCUCUUGCAGGGAUUCAUUCUAUACGGCCAACUCUACUACAUCCCCUUCUACUUCCUCUCCGUCAUGCAGUACAGCCCGACCAUGGCCGGUGUGGCGAUGCUUCCCGUCACCCUUCUCCUGCUGCCCGGCUCCAUCAUCUCGGGCAUCCUCGUAUCCCGGUUCAACGCGUACCGCUGGUCCAUCUGGAUCGGCUGGGCCCUCAUGUCGCUGGCUUCGGGCCUCCUCAUCUACUGGGACGUCGACACGUCGCUGCCCGUGCACAUUGUGACGCUCGCUAUCGGCGGCAUCGGGCACGGCUUCGUCCUCAACGCGCAGACGUUCGUGACGGGCGCCAUCGUCGCGCCGCAGAACUCGGGCCACGCGGCCGCCAUGUACCUGUUCCUGCGCAUGCUGGGCUGCGCCAUCGGCGUCAACGUCGGCUCGACGACGUUCCAGAACGUCAUGGGCCUCAAGCUCGGGCGCAAGGGCAUCGCCGAGGACAUUGCCCAGCGCGCCGAGGAGUACCUCGCCGUCAUCAAGACGCUGCCCGACGGCACCUUCAAGGACGCCGUGCUCGAGUCGUACGCCUUUGGCUUCAAGGGCGUCCACGGCGUCUACGUCGCGCUGGCCGUGCUAGCCUUCUUCGCGAGCUUCAUGAUCCGCCACUACGACCUGAACAAGGUGCACGAGACGGAGCACCAGCUGCAGCAGAACCGUGUCUCGCGACUGUUUGACAGCCGCAAGAACCUGAACCUGAACCUGAACCGCGAGGACCGCAGCCAGCCCAUCCCGUCUUCGCCUGACGACAGCUCUUAG